AUGCCCCGAGUCUUUGCGGUAGGCAUCAAACGCAGCAACCGUAACCUCGGACCUCCGAACCUGCAUACGCAGUUGCAGAAGAUGAACGAUACUGUGCCGAUAGCCCUUGAGGCUAGUAACGCCGAUCUCCAAACCCAAAUUUUAGUUCCAGCCAUUGUUAGUUGGGUUCUCAUCGGUUACUUAUGGUUUUGGCACCGAUCGACGAAAGUUUGGGUUCGGUGCAACGGAAAUAUCAAUGCUUUCACCAACGUCCCAGAACUCACACAACGAACACGCAUCACGGCAAUUUGCCUAGCCUCCAUCGUGUUUCUUGGAGUAUGGCCGAUCGACGUACUAGGCUGUAUCGUCUGCCGGGUGCUACAUGCAGACAACAACGAACAAGGCCUGCAGAAAACACUGCCAAUUACGAGAUCACAACACGAACUACCACCUCCGCCCUACGAUAGUGGUGGUGCCCGUAGUGCUUCAUAA